AUGGACACCACUUCACAGCGAGGUGCCAGUACUUCUGUCGGCACUUCGCAGGAAGAGCGGGACCGCAAUGUGUUGCGUCUCGCUCCAGAAAAGAAGGCAUGGAUGCCUCCUAAAUCUGUCAUGGAUCACUUGUCGGCGACGACGAGUGAUCGUUAUCGAACACGAUUGUUCGAUUCGUCGAGGAUUCAUCACCUUGACCCCAGCGCGAAAGACUAUCGCGCUGAACAUGAGUUCUUCAUCGAUGCUUUCUUCAGACAUCGAUGGUACAGUGGGAAUCACAAACGUGAUGGUCCCUCACUACUUCAGGCGUGGAACGCCUACAUCCAUAACCUCGAGGAUGUAGGUCGUGACGCUUGGAACGACAAACUUAUCAAAGCUCGUGAUAAGUUUGAAAAGCGAACCCCGACAGGUGCACGCUAUAAGCUGCAUCGUCUGUCAAGGGAGAAAGGAUUACUCUACCUCUCAUGGGGAGACUCGUGCCCAUGUUGUGUGAACAACUCUGCACGAGCACCUAAGGAGGCUUACCUCCUUACCAGCCCGUGGUGGCGCGUACGUGUCUCUACUGAGAUGUACGAAGGGAUUGACAACCUGAAAUCCCUUUACGACCGUGCCGGGAAGACUUUCUCCGGCGGUCCUUCUGCGGCACAGGAUGUGUCGCGUCGUACUGCUCGACCAGACCCAGUACGUCAACCAUCAAUUGGGAGCGGGGCUCCCAAGAAUCCCAGGACGGGGGAUAGCCGCGCCACCGGACGAGAUAACUCGUCCGACGUCCGUUCACGUCGCGGUGGUUCAACAGCUGCUCUACUAGAUAGCGCUGGCCACCGCGAGAGUCCUCUAAUGGAGGUGGAGGAGGAGGAAAGACGCUCUCCACACGAUCAUGUGGAUCGGUGUGUUCCCGAGAGCUUCUUUGAUCGCGUAACGCAAGGGUUACGCGACGAUCUCGAGCAUGAGCGGAAUAGGCGUCUCCAGAUGGUGGACACUGCCUCGAAGCAUCGAGCUGAGUUUGCCUUUGCUCAGCUUGAGAACGAGAGAUCUCUGACAUCUCUUCGUGACGAGCUAAGGGUAGCUCGUGGGAUUGUUGAUCGGUCUCGGGCUGAGAUAACUGCUCUUCAGACCCUUGUUGAUGCCCACCAUCGGGAGCACAAGGCUCUCUGCGAGAUGCUUGAGCGCAAGGGCGUUCUUCAUCGGAAGAAGCAGCGUACUGAUGGUACGGCUUAA